AAUCCAAGCUUAAUUUCUUGUUCCGACGAAAUUGAUUUAGGCGCGUUUUGUUAUUUCUUUUUGAACACGUUGCGGAUUAGUGUGUUCGCCUUGUUUUCCAGGAGGGAUUGUAUAGCCCCCUCGGGAAGACCGGCGAUGAGGCUGCAGUGCGAUGUGGAGGUCGUCAACCGGAUGCUACCGACGUUCGGUAUGAGAAACCGCGGCAAAGGAUCCCGGGCUGUGUUGUCUAUCGGGAAGCACGUGGACAAGACUACAAAAAUCAAUAACAUCUACCUAAUGAUCUGCACUCUGAAGGAUAAAGUGGGCUCCAAGUACAAGCUGAAGGAAAAUGUAGAGCAGUUUUUCACUAGAUUUGUGGAUGAGGGUAAAGCUACAGUGCGACUGAAGGAGCCUGCAGUAGAUGUUUGCCUCAGUAAGGCAGAUGCUGCCAAUCUGAAGAACUUCCUUUCGGCUGCUAGACUAGCACACCGAGGCAGUGAUAUAGACACAUUAACCCUUUCUUCUCUGACACCGGCAAAGGCCCGAGAUGUAGAAAAACCAAAACGCAAACUGACAAUUACUUCUAAGAAGGAUUACCCACUGACAUGCAGCUUUCCUUAUUCCCUUGAGCAACUGCAAGUGUCUUAUUGCAAACUGUCAAGAGUUGACAUGCGCAUGCUGACCCUAAGGAAGCUCAGGAAACUGGACCUAAGCAAUAAUCACAUCAAAAAGCUCCCUGUCACGAUCGGUGACCUUUGCUGCCUCAAUGAAUUGAUUUUACACAACAAUCACCUGGAGUCAUUUAAUGUUGCUCUUUGUAAUUCCACCUUGCAGAAAUCCCUUCAAUGUCUGGACCUCAGUCAAAAUAAACUCCAAGCUCUUCCAAUUCAGUUCUGUCAGCUUCAAGAACUUGUUCAUCUGAAGCUGGACGACAAUGAACUUAUUCGUCUUCCGUUUAAGAUUGGGCAGUUACAUAAACUACGCUUUCUUUCUGCUGCCCGUAAUCAGCUUCCAUAUUUGCCUAGUGACUUUCGCAGAUUAUCUCUGGAAAAUCUGGACCUGUUUGGGAAUCCUUUUGUGCAACCUAAUCCUUUAGAUCAUACUAUCCAGCUGAAAUUUCCGUUACCGUUACUUGAGUUUGCUGCAAGAGCAGCUGUGAAUUACAGGCUGUCUUUUGGGCCCCAUGUGAUUCCAGCUCACUUGUGUCAUGACCUAGACGUUGCUAAGCUGUGUGGCUGUGGGAUGUCUGUUGUCAACUACUUUAUCCAGGCAACUGUGACUAUGAACCUUCACCACGUGUCUCACACUGUAGUCUUGGUAGAUAAUAUGGGUGGUACAGAAGCACCAGUCCUCUGUUAUUUCUGUUCUUUGACGUGUUACUCUGAAUUCAUAGACCGAUGUCUUCAGCGCGGCAGGUGAUAUUGGUGGGGGGGGGGGGGGGGAGUGGUGGGAAAGCUAAUAAGGAAACUGUGACAUAAAUUCUGCUUGGGUUUGAAACCAAAAUCAUAUUUGCUGGUUUAUGAAAGCAUUUUAUUUUUCUCUGUAAUAAUGAAGCUUGGAUUGAACUUGCAGAUUGUAAAUUGAUGUAUCUUAUUUGGGAUCUUCAUAACAAUGAUAACUUGUAAAGCAAGCAUAAAUGGAUUAUUUUGCAUCCAAAUCCUGAACUGUGGUCUUGUUCAAAUUUCAUAGAGGUUUCUACUGGAAGUCGCAGUGUUUUCUUCAUUGGAAUUAUAUGCACUAAAAUACAAUAUUAUGCUCUGGUUUUAUUUGACAUGGACCUUUUUCUUAAUGUAAUAAUGCU